AUGAAAACCAUUCGGAAGAAAGAUCCAGGACUCAUCACAUCGUCCCUCGGGCCAUCCUUGACGGAUAUAUUGUUGAGGGACACUGCGAUCUGCUUUGCAUUCCUCUGUGUCGUCAACGUCAUUGGGAUUGCAACAGGUCGCUUGCCUGAGUUCAUCGAUAUUUGGCAGACUUGGACAGCAAUCCUCACUUCGGUGUUACUGUCUCGGCUAGCACUCGAUCUUCGCGAGGUCUCCGCAACUGAAUUCAAUACCGAAGGGACGUCCUCUCAGACGCCGUACGAUCUAGGUUUUGCCCAUGAAGACGAGGCCACGGAGACCUCUGUGGAUGAGCUUGACAGCGCAGUAACCCAACCGUCGAGCUCCGCAUAG